GCAGUGGCGGGCAGGCUCCAGUCUCGGCCCCGCAGCUCCUCGCCGAGGCGGCGCGGCCUCCGCUCCCUCCUUCCUUGCCUCAGUCGCUGCCCGGCCCCGGAGCGAUGUCGGGCGGCGCGGCGAGCGCCCCCAAGCCCCUCCCGUCCUCCGGGCCCAAGUCGCUGCGGGAGAUGCCGCAUCCCCUGGCCACGUCCAGCAGCGAGGAGAUGGGGCCGGCGCUCACCCCCAGCCCUGACCUGCUCCUGCCCCGCAGCAUCGCCGACAAGGACCUUAGUCUGCCUAAUGGCACGCCUGUGGACACUUCUAGCCCAGCCUCCUCCUCAUCUCUCCUUAACAGACUGCAGCUGGAUGAUGACUUGGAUGUGGAAACUAGAGACCUCUUUGUUACUGUUGAUGAUCCCAAAAAACAUGUGUGCACGAUGGAGACGUAUAUCACAUACAGGGUUACAACAAAGACUACACGAGCAGAGUUUGAUUUGCCAGAGUAUUCUGUCCGUCGGCGGUACCAAGACUUCGACUGGUUGAGAAACAAGCUGGAGGAGUCUCAACCAACGCAUCUCAUUCCCCCUCUUCCUGAGAAAUUUGUGGUGAAGGGUGUUGUUGAUCGCUUUUCUGAAGAGUUUGUGGAGACAAGGAGGAAAGCAUUAGACAAGUUCUUGAAGAGAAUAACCGAUCACCCAGUGCUUUCUUUCAAUGAGCACUUCAACGUCUUUCUCACAGCCAAGGAUCUUAAUGCCUACAAAAAGCAAGGAAUGGCAUUGCUGUCAAAGAUGGGGGAAUCUGUCAAAUAUGUUACAGGAGGCUACAAAUUAAGAAGUCGGCCACUGGAGUUUGCAGCCAUUGGGGAUUAUCUAGACACAUUCUCUCUAAAGCUUGGUACCAUUGACAGAAUAGCACAGCGGAUCAUCAAAGAACAGUUGGAAUACUUGGUGGAACUACGAGAAUAUGGACCUGUUUAUUCGACCUGGGGAGGGCUGGAGGUUGAGCUGUCAGAGCCACUGGAAGGGGUAUCUGCCUGUAUUGGAAACUGUUGCACGGCUCUUGAAGAACUCAGUGAAGACAUGACAGAAGACUUCCUACCUGUGCUUAGGGAAUAUAUAUUGUAUGCUGAGUCAAUGAAGAAUGUGUUGAAGAAGAGAGACCAAGUUCAAGCAGAGUAUGAAGCAAAACUGGAAGCAGUAGCCUUGAAAAAGGAAGACCGUCCAAAGGUACCCACAGAUGUUGAGAAAUGUCAAGACCGAGUAGAAUGUUUCAAUGCUGACCUGAAAGCAGAUAUGGAGAGAUGGCAGAACAACAAAAGACAAGACUUUAGGCAGCUACUCAUGGGGAUGGCAGAUAAAAACAUCCAGUACUACGAGAAGUGCCUUACGGCGUGGGAGUCAAUUAUACCACUAUUGCAAGACAAGCCAGAGACCAAAUAAGAAGUACCUUCAUGGACAGUCUAGCACUUCUAUGCUCAGUACCACUAGACAUACUGGAACUGUAUGAAGGACUCUUUUUUGUCAAGUUAACUGAAAUGACAGCUGCACUUAGGCUGGAACAGACGCUCUGAAAACUAUUUGAAUUUUUUUUUCCUCAACUGUUGUGUUUAAACUGGGGUAUGUUUCAUCUUUUUGAGUUAUCUUGAAUGGUUCCUUCUUUAUCCUAUGGAGUGAUUGGGGUUUCAUAGUGAAAGUGCAUGGGGAUCUUGAUAAAACUUACCUCUCUAGUCUGGAAGGAACUGAUGAGUGGAGCACUAAAAAGAUGAAAAUAAAACUCUACUGCAAGGUGCCAUAUGACAUCUUUAUUACCAUUCUGUUUUGUUUGCUAAAAAAAAAAAAUAAUUAUUUCAAUGAUACUGUACUCCCUAACCAAUCCUUAUCCUUUUUUUUUUUUUUUUUCUUUGAAUGGACAGGGAAAGGCUGGGAAAGAAUAUUUUCUGUUUCACUACAGCCCAUAUGCUCCCUCUGAAUAAAAUGGUCUCUGGAGACUUUUCUGUCUGGGAGUUGGUCUGGUCUUAUAACAUACCACCACCACCCACAGAUAGCCUGUGGUGUGAGCAUGAACUGUGGUUUUUGUGAGUGUGGCAUGCUGUUGGUUUCUACUGAGUAUCGUUGUUUACCUUGGUGAUUAUGAAGUAAUGUCAGUUGGCUGAAGUGUACUUGUGACUGACUUGGGGAUUGGGAUCAGCCUAGCUGCGGGAAUGAGCUGAACAGCAGCCCUUUCAAGGGCCCCUUUUAUGGGAAUAGUGGAGGAAGUAUGAGUCUUUAACUUUUCUAAAGCUAGCUCCAGAAGUUGCAUGGUGCAAUUCUCUUAGACCAUGCUUUAAAUAUGGGUUUUACUAGAGGCACUUCAGGCUUGGUCACUUAAGAUGCCUGCUGUAAUAAAGGUAGGACUCUGCUUCCUCUCCCCAUGUGUUUUUUUGCAGCAGCCAAAAAGUGUCAAAUGUUUGCUUCCACCAAGCAUCAGCGUGUGUGAAACUUGCCUUAAAUGGCUUAGUGGGAGGUAGAUGGGUACCCUGGUAGGUACAGAGUGUUCGUACCUGUCUCUGCUGAACCACAUGACAAGUCUUUUAAGAGACUACUUUCGUUACAGAUCUAUUUUCUUAGUAGUUUUUAUUGGCCUUUAGAAAUGUAACUGCUUCUGCAAGUCCCUUUUUUUCUCCUUUCUCUUGCAGUCCAACCUCAAGUAAAUGCCGAUUUGGUGUUGGUGGCCUUAGGAAUGCUGAUGUGAUUCCCAUGGUCCUAGAGUCUUGGUUUAACAGCAUGCAGAUAAAUCUUUUUUAACCAUCCUAAGGGUGGGGUUUGGGGCUCGUAUCAGUGUAAUAUUUGGAUUUGGGGGAAUAAAUAACUCAGUGCUUACUGCUAAAUUUUAGUGAUUACUUGAUCUCUGUUAACAUUCUUGCAAAGAACCUGAGCAGUAAUUGAGAAUGUCCAAAUUCUGUGUUCUCCUGUGACAACCUAUCAGGUUUGGAAUUUGUCUGGUUUGGAAUUUGUCCCUUCAUAAACACCAAGUGAACCUGCAGCCUACUCAGCUUGUUGGCUAUAUAGCAACUCUCAAGAUGAGUUAUUGCAGUACUGUGGUAGCUCUCAGGCUAAUGAGGUGGUGCUCUCUGAAUGAAAAAGUCAAGUUUAAGACAUUUUAAGAGGUCUUCCUUUUUGAUUCAGCCUUUACUGACAACUCUGUGGUACUAAACAAACUAUGCUUCUUGUUUUAAACUCAGUUUGUCUAUACAGUUAUGUAGUGUAAAUGAGAACUCUGCAUUAAGUUAUUGUUAGGUUCAGAAUAACAGACUACUGUUGUUGUGCAAGGGAAGUACUUAGGGGGAUCAUCUUGAAGCAGUCUUUCCUUCUAGAAUAAGCACUUGCAUACUAUCUAAGAGUCUGACCUUCAGGGUUACAGUCUUCUCUGUUCUCCACAAACAGAGAUCAACAUACUUUUGGAGUUGGUUCCUGUGUGGUAAAUGGAAUUUUGUAGUUGACUCUACAACAUCACUGGGAGUCAAGCAAAAUAUAAUUUGAACUAAUACUUAGUCAGUGUUCCCUCCAUCUUAUUAGAAAAAAAAAAAAACCAGCAAAAGAUGAGUAGAAAGAUUGGUGGGUUUUUCCUACAAGUGGUUUCAUCUGAUGCCUUACAAGACUGAGGUCCUGUUUCCACUUAGUUUUAUGUCAAAAUGAAGUGAUUGUUGGUUCUGGGGAGUUUAGCAAUUAACAUCACAGCUGUGCAUGAGAAGCAUAAUGGACGUGGAGAGUACCAAGUGAAGUUGAAAUCAACAUGUAACUGUUGAAGCUGGAGAUGUUGAACAUCAGCUUGAAUUUUAUUCCAUCUGAUGCCACCAAUUUUGUGGUAUGGUUUUUAAACUCGUCCUCAUCCAAAGCAUGUUUUGAUUUCAGACAAAUCCUUUUCUGGCUAUGCUGCUGGAAAGGCAGGCACACUUUGCACUUCUCGGAGUAUGUGGCACUGUGGCAACUGCAGGUUGAUUUGGAGAAGAGGCUGGAACAUGCAUGUCAGGCAGUGGCCACUAACAGGAUAUAUUACGUGGUCUGAAACACUAAAACCUCUCUUAAGCCUAUACAAGGAAAGUAAAACUUCACGUUCAAAAGAGAAGUCCUCUGCAAGAAUUGCCACAGUGUAAGAAUGGUGUGUAGUGGUGAGUCUCAGCUCCUAUGAGCUAUGGAGUGGUGUCUUUUUAUGAAGAGCUGUUGUUAAGUCACAAGGUAACUGUUGGGAGAGGCUGUGAGGUGUGUGGAGGAUUCCUGACUGUGAUAUUUGGGGCAGCCAAACAUGCCAGUUGGGAGAACUACAAAAGUUACAAGAAAUUCCUCUAAGAUGUACAGAGUAAUACUUGUAAAGCCUCACAUAACUGCUGCUAGUGGGAGGUUGAGACUGGUAGAGAAACUCUUGACAUGUUAUCCUGUAAUUAUUACAGGAUAUGAGUCUUUACUUUGGAUGGCCCAAACUUUCAUGAGAUAAGUUAAAGGUCUUGGUAAAGGGAAGCAGGAGUAGUGCGGGAGCUUCAUCUUUGAGUAACUUCUUGAGUGUUAAGUCACUUAGAUCACCCUCUGCAUAUGCACCAAAAUGACAUAAAAAGUAGUUGGCACCCUUGUUGUGAGUCUUAGUAACACAUGGUUUCUUCAGCAGUCCUUAAAUCAGCCCAGCUGUCCUCUUAAUCCAUAGCCAGGCCAGGGUCCCUCUUAGAGGAAUUCACUGCUGUCCUGGUUAUUUUGGAGGAUAUUUGUUUCUUCUGUUAAGUGGCACCAGCACAAUAAAGCACUUGUUUCUGUGCUCAGUUAUGGACCAUGCAUUGUUCAUGUAUAUCUUUGCGAGGCUCUAAAUCUUGCAAUAAAUAUAGAUGUUAAAACACCAUGGCUUUUUCAGGUACACAUUGAAAAAUGAAAAGGUGUAGCCCUAAAGACACAAGCUAUUCUGAUGCGAAUUGUAUUAAGGAAUAAACUAUGGAUUCUUCACUGAAGUCUGCUUGGAUUUUUGUUGCACUAAUGCUUGUUCUAAGGAUAAAGUAGUGUGAUAAGUGGUAGAAAAAAACAUCCACAAAGCAUGAGCGGCAGAGACAGUUCAGUGGAGGUACUGUGCAAUAGCCUUGCAGCAGUGGCUCUGCAUAGCCUGUUCAUGAUGCAUGUUGCUUCAGGUGUCCUGCAGAUGCCAACAUACAAAAGAAUCCCCUCCCAGACCAACAGGGACUGUUCAGUGUUUUAACAGGAGCCAUGCUUUUGUUGAAACUUGUAUAAUUUAACUGUAUAUGGUUAUGAUUAAUGUUGCAUACUGUUUAAAAUCCUGGUGCUGAUAACCCCUGAGCAAAAUUGCAUAGAAUAAAUUAGCUCAUUAGAUGUUCAGUCAUCUUAAAUUCUGAAAGUAGAACAGUUUUUCCUCUGGUAUAUUAACUUUUACUACUAUAUCCAAUACGUAGGGAAAGUAGAGACUUUUUUUUUUAAGAUAGGGGAGUUGCUACUACUUUGAGAUUAUUUUUGUUUGUUUGUUUUGUGAAGUAAAACUGGGGAUCACAGGAAUCAACUUGCCUUCUGGCAGACUGAAUGUUGCAUUUAAAAGUUUUUGGGAGUGCUGUUUAACCAACUUUACAGACUAAAGUGGCAGUGCUUAAUUCUGUGCUUAGCACUUUGAAGUCUUGCUGAGGUGUCUGACUCAUACAAGUACUUAGUAAUGAACUGGACAAGUUUUAAGGUUGCAUGCCUAGGGCACAGUAUUUGUGCAGAAAAUAAUGCACUUUCCAAAGAGGUAGACGUAGAUCAGCCUUAUGUAAGAGGCAUGCUGAAACAAUAAGGGCUGGUCGCUGUCCUACACUACUUUGAAGGUCUUGGUACUCUAUGCUUUGAAGCCAAACUGUUUCCUUAACUCUGCUGCUGCUGAGAUAUGUAUCCAUACCCUCAGAUCGAACAGCAGGGUUGGGGCCAGUGCCACAUUCCCACUGCACAGGGAGGCAGGUUGCUGACAGUCCUGUAAUAACAAAGAGCCAAAGGGCUUUUGUCUGUAGUACACAAAAAUAGAGAAGCACUGUCCUUGUUCUUGUUUCCUCUGUGCCUGCAUCCGUCUGUCCCUCCUUAAGGUCUGGAGAGUUGGGCCAUGCAGUUGAAGGUUAGCUGGCUAUGAGCCUCACACAUUGUGUUGAAGGGGUCAGUGGUGGGGACCAAAAUGGUGCUGGCUCAUUAUCCAGACUCUUCUGGUUUCAACCUCUGUAAAUCCACUCACCAGAACUAGAGUCACUGUUCAUACCAUUCAAAAACAAAAUGAAAGCUGUGAAAAGACUUGUCUCUGUGUGAAUUAGCUAGUAAACAAUGUAAAAAGGGGAAGGAGGCUUUUGUUUCCUGCACUUGACCAAAUCUGAUAACUGUGCUCUUGUUCAGACUCGCAGGCUAGGAAAUGUUGUCUUGCCUUCUGGUGCUGGCAUGUUUCUAUACCCUUUCAUAUAUCUCUGUAUAAAUAUACUUUGUGCAUUGUUUACUAUGGAACUAGUAUUGAUGGAGAAAAACAUUUUGAGGUAAAACUGUUUGUAAUUCUCUAUUAGUGUGUACAUUUUUUUAAAAUGCACCGUCUGUUUACCUCAAUUAAUUUAAUGGAAUGGACCAAUAAAUGUAUUAAAAGAGGACUCCUUCACUUAGAAUAAAGUUUCAUUUUUUGCA